GCGCCAGAUAAUGACUGUGAAAUCGGUUUCAAAUGCGAAGUUAAUCCGUCCUGUAUCUUGUAAUUUACCACUACCGUCCCACUCUAAAACCCUUGUAUUCCGUUUGUCAUUGAACGAGCUUUUAAGUUGUGAUAAUUAGUUUGCGAAGGCUCUCGGAUUUUCUUGUGCCAAAACUUAAUUACGUAAUAGCAUUGUAUUCCAUCGAUGUUCUAGCACUGCACUAAUUCGUAUUUGGUUUUCUCUUGUUACUAAAACUCCGUGCGUUCUUGCCAAAACGUAUACGUGUAUUAAAGAGUUUAUCUUGUCUUAGAAAAUAAUAUCAUAAAAUUCUGUAAUAUUCUACAGGUUUCGUUAUGGGGCCAUAAUGAAUAAUCUGACAUGAGCCUCUGUAACGUCAUCACCACACUUACCUCAAUUUACUUUUGAAUUGGCAAACAGCACAAAGCAUGACUCUUAAACAAAAAACUUCACCACCUCAAUUAACAGCUAGGAACAAACAAACCGAUCUUCAUAAUCUUUUCAGAGAACUUCGUUCAUACACCAGCUUAUUGGAACUCAACGCCGGACAAAAAUAGAGCGGCACUAUCUUUCAGUGCUUUUUAAAAUAACAUAAGAAAAUUAGACCUGCUAAGUCUAUCUUGAUCACAAUGUUUUUUUUAAAAACAACAAGAGCAACAAUAUUUGUUUUGUAUAUCUUCUGUUUCAUACUUGAAAACUAGCUUGAAAGUGUUUUUCACUCAUAGCUAGGUUUAUUUACACAAUACACCAGUAUGUGUGGAUCGCGGCAUGUACGUUAUUCCCUCACAGAAAAGUAAAAUUAGCCUCAAGGGUGGUAAACACAUUCGAACCUCUUCCGGCACGAUGCAAAGCUACACGGGUGUCUCAAUAACUAAGACCAAAGUUCUAAGACCUCGAAAACUUAUCGAUGAACUGUCUUUGACUCUGUUUGACCAUCUGAUUCCAACAAGGAGAGCUGACCUCAAGUACCCUCCAGUUCAUCAAAACGCAAAGUUUUCGAGGUUUUAAAUCUUAGGUCCUACUUGGGUGAUUAUAGUAACUGCGCUAAAAAGAACAAAACUAUUUAGCUGAAAGACCAAUCGAUGUCUAGUUAACAUGGUGCCUGAAAGAGAAUAAAAGAUAACUAAGUAGAAAAUAACACAUUAAUUUCAUACCAGCAGGCUGAUAAGUCAGCAAUAUUUAUUGGUAAAAAUCUUACAAAGCUUCAUUCAUUCAUCAUGAUAAUUCGGCCCACCCUGUUCCCUUAUAUUCGUGGCUGUCCAUGGCCGGUCAACGCGGCGUUUUAUCCUGGCCAAGAGACUUAUUCGAGACGGUCCUUUCAAGAUUUCUGAGCAUAGGGCUCAUCCUUCGCAAAUGUAAAUUGUUAGCGGCCUGGCAAUCUAUCACGAAAAGAUUUCCAACCUCCCCUUUACGAGUUACAUUUAUACAAUAAAAAAAAUUAAAUCUUUCUGUGACAGUUUUUUUUAUCUAGUCUUUUUUAGUAAUUGUUUAUUGAUCAGUGUCGUCGAAGCUUUAUUUCUUCUUUUCAACAUGAUUAUUUCAAAGAGUAUCGUUGUGAUAUUGUAUUUAUUUAAUUUCAGUGGUCCCAGGAUGGAAUCAGUGGAUCUUACGCUGUGUGCGAUCUUUCGGAAACGAGAACUAAUCAUACAAACAGCUGGCUGAUCUCAGAGUAUGUUGACCUACAGGGAGCAAACGAAGUUCGACUCGGGCUUACAUUCAUGGUUGGAAAGUGUCCGGCUGAACUUAACUUUUGCAAAGAGAGCUUCAGCGUUUACGCGCUUCAAACGGAAGGGCCUUUUGCAAGUGGCGUAACUAAGCGCGAUAUUGAAUCCGGUAAUUUCACAUUUGUGGAAACCGUCAAUGCCACCAAUCUUUGGACGCAACAGGAUCCUUCCCAAGUCAAUCAAGUUAAUUUGACUUUAGCUGUUAAUAGUUUCGGCAUCUACUUUGGGUUUCGAGACACAGGCGCCUGCCUAUCGCUUACAUCUGUUACUUUGUCAUACUUAUACUGUCCAACUGUUGUCAAUCAGGGAGUUGUCUUCCAAAAGAUUGCUGCACCUUCGUCGAGCCGGCAAAACACUACUGUCAAAGGCAACUGUUCUGAAAAGGCAUCGCCAUAUCCCAGCAACAGCACACUCUCUCUUACGUGUCUUAGUUCUGGUCAAUGGAUGAUGGACAGUCAGGUCACAUGUCAAUGUUCAGUUGGAUAUGAAUUAGUGGGAGACAAGUGUGUCGGUAAGAGGGACUUUUGUUUUCAAAUACGCCCUUCUUUGCACAUCCACGUUUUCCUCUGACAAUUUAAAUUAAUUUUCUCAGACAUCGAAAUUGGUCUAGCAGUGUACCUAUACAAGUUCCGAUAUUCAUCUGUUACAACCCCCUAUGUAGUGUUCUAGAAAGAUUUAGCUUUAUUUUCUUUGUGCACCCUUCACAACCGUGCUUGUCUUAAAAGUCCUUGGAAAAUUUACUGUUGGUUCUCCUUACGCGAUUAAGUAACAACUAAUUAAUCUUGAAUGCAAAGCAAACAGUUUUCGACCCUAUCAUUCGCAAUUUGUCUUAAUCUUCUUUAUCACCAGCCAUCCGCUGUACUCCUUGUUCAUUUUUUUUUGCUUUUUAUUACCUCUUGUGCGUUUCUCUUUUUUCCCGAACUCAUAAUCGAAAACUAUUUCAAGUCUAUGUAGUUUGUUCUGCCUAAAAACUUACCCAAAAUAAUUAUAGCAACGCAGCUCCUUCCAAGUCUAUUUGGUUCUAACGACCUCAAAAUUCAGCUGUCAAUUUAUUUCUUUCUGAAUUUUAUUUGUAAAUGUGCUUUUCAGGAUGCCAGACAGGCCGAUAUAAAGCGUCAAUUGGUAAUGGCUUUUGUGCUGCAUGUCCUGCUAACAGUGCACCUGAUCCUAAUCAUAGUUCUUGCAUCUGCAAUAAUGGAUUUUACAGGGCCCCUGAGGAUGCUGUGAGUGAUGACUGCACAGGUAGGAAUGUGCUAAUUGUAGACGGUUUCUUACUGGUAAGGAUUGCUUGACUCUGUUGUUGACUUGCACCCAGAUUAAUUUUUGAAACGUCAGUUCCAGAUUUUUUCGGUAGAUCCUACAAAAUAUCUUCUGUUCAUCAUCCCGGCUAUCCGCAAAACCAACCGAUUAAAGAAUCAUCCCUGCAUUUGAAACUAACGUUGCAUGAAAAGAAUUAAGUAAAAGAAAACAGGCAGCGUUCUGACAUACAUAUCAUAAAUCAUCAUACUGAUACAACACACUUUUGAUUUGUUUAGAAAGUAAUAUAACUGUAUUUAUGUUAUUAGCCCCUCCUUCAGAGCCCAAAGAUAUCAACAUCACAGAACUUACAGACAGCAUUGUGGUGGUUGCAUGGUCUCCGCCUGCAGACAACGGAGGGCGUAAUGACGUUAAAUAUGACGUUCAAUGUACUACUUGCUCAAACUCUGGUUCAUGUUCAAAAUAUUGCAACGGUGCACAGUUCUGGCCUGGUUCUUUAGACCUAACCUCGCUCCAAGUGACGAUAACUGGUCUCAACUCAGAUACGGUCUACAAUAUAUCUGUGAUUUCCAAAAAUGGCGUCAGUAGUCAGGCAGGAAUACAAUCUCUUCAACGAUUGCACAAGACUUUCUCUAUAAGAAAGAAUGCAGAAACAACUACUAGUCCCGGAACAACCACCGCCGUGAUGGAGAAUUUUACGACGACGGAAAGUACGAAACGUAACAGUUUUUGCUAUACAAGAAAACUAUAUGCGCAUUUCCCAUCCCCCUUUUCCUGCACCCUAUACCAUUUUUCCUUAUAAUAAAUUACAGCUUCAAUCCUUUUACUCCUAGGAUCUCAUUAGUAAUUCUUCUUACUUUCUGCCAUACAGUUCUUAUUAUGUUGGUUUGGAGAAUUUGGUAUUGGCCGGAUCAACCAAUAAUCCCCUAAUUGAUAUUUUCUUUAUUCUCAUCAUUUGCCUGCCUGAUAUUUUAUUGAUCUUGUAAGGAGAAAUCCUAUCUUGGUCACUUAUUAGAGUUUAUGGUUUAAUCAUGUGAACGACUUUCCGAGCAACCAUCAAACACUCAACGUCUCCAUUAACGCGAUUCGGCUGCACCUGCUAAAGAUUGUCACGAGACUUAAACAAAAGGGCUCCUUUAAUUGAAGUUGGUAUCUGCGGAUGAAUAGAAAAUGUUAUUCAAUUUUAAGAAUUCAAUUGUUACAAACUGACAGUUUUUUCUCGUUUACUUUUACACAAACAGCACGUCCGGUUUUAGGCACUGCAGGCUCUCAAGUAUCUACCGCUAUCGGCAUUUCUGUGACUGUCACCUUUCUCGUCUGUUUCAUAAUAGCAGUCGUGGUUUUCUUCUUCCUGAUGAAAAUUUUGAGAAAAAGACUUUUCGACAAGGAAAGUGUUCAGAGUUCCUCAACCCAGCUGACUGAGUUCUCGAGGAGUGAAACCCCAUCAUCGAAUAUGCAGUCGGUUGUUACUUCAGAAGAUCCUAAGGAGAACGAUAAUAGCCCGGAAACCUCGCAGCCUGCAGAUAAGGAAAAAGUUAGUCGCAAUUUCACAGUUCCACUUAUCAAAAUCAAAGACUUCGAGUCUAAUUCGAGGCCGAAUUCUGCUGGAAGCAGUCACUCCAGUGUGCCCAUUCUGCCCAUUCUGCCCCAAAGAAAAAAUAGGAUUCUUCCCCAUAUUGACUGGACGCCUCCACGGUCCAUAACGCCCAUGUUGCUCCCAAGGAGAAAGGACUCACUACAGAUGGAUCUUGAUGACAGCCUAAGGAAGGGGGACUCAUUACAAGUGGAUCCUAAUGACAGCCCAAGGAAGUCCCCGGAGGGUUCUGAACGUGCCAAAAUCGAGGUAGAACGGAGUGCGUCCGUGAACAGCUGGUUUCCAGCAGAAGAAGUACAAGUUAAUGUCUGA